AUGUAUGUGGGUGUUUGUCGUGUCUUUGUUACUUCUUUUUUUUUUUUGUGUGUGUGUGUUUAUACGCCUUUGUUUCCUCUUGUUUCAGGUGUGUUUUCUCACGAAGGGGAAAUUGCCGCCUGCGUGCGAGAAGGACGGGAUUUGGUGAGUGGGAUGGAGACGGCGUUGGAUGCCAGCGACCAGGCAGCGCUUACCCGCAUGUACGUCAAGCAGCACAAGCUCAAUGAGAUUUUUGCGCACUUUCUGCAGUUGCUAAUUUAUCACAAGCCGGAAAACCCUCGUGCCUUCCUGCAGCGAGAGAUCCGGCUCAUGAUAGCCACGAAGACAUCGACGCCACUCUUUGGGGAGCAGGAUCUUGAAACGAUGUUCGAUCUUAUAGAUGUGACGAAGCAGCGCUGGGUGACGGUCAGCCAACUACGGAAUACAUGCAAGAACUUAGCAACAGCUGCCGGAGAAGGAAGUAUUGGCCUUUCUCCUGCUCAGGAGGAGGCGAUUGAGCAUGCGGCCGAUGAAGAGGGGCAUGUAUCAGUGGAGAAGUUUAAGGAGGUGCUGGCGAUGCAGCUUCUCACUAGAGACAUCUGGAAAGAAUGA